UACCCACUUUUACCGCAUACCCUGAUAAAACAAAUAAAAAAUUUACACAAUAUAGUUCUUUAUCGACUUCUCAAAACAUUUAUUCAUCUGACUUUUUGUCUGCAAGUUCGUCCAAUACUACUUUACCCAUAGUUGAAUGUAUUUCAUCCGAUGAAGAAUUAUCUGAUUCAAAUGUCAAAUUGUUGCUCACUUAUUUAUCUGAAAAUUUUGAUAGUUACCGUAAAAAUAAAGAAAAAUUCUAUGCAAGUGCUGCUUUACAUCUAGGUGGCAAGUCGAGUGUGCAGGUCCGUGAUAAAUUGCAGAGGCUAGUUAAAAAAUAUUCUGAAGAAA